UUCACCUGCAACAGAAGAUAUCUUCCAUGUCUGCUUUCCACUCAAUACUCCAUGUGACAAGUGUUCUGUUCCCAUGCUCCAUCCCUUCUUGGUCUCCAAAAGUUUUAUGAGAUGCUUGUGGCCAUGCAUGUCUGCACUUUUUUAUAUUUUCUUUUCCCUGUCCUUAAUAUUCUGCUCUUUUCAAGCCGGCAACUUUCUUCUGAAUGUGUAUUUUCAAAACUGACUGGAUUAUCUGUGAUUUCUGUGUCCAGUUUGGUUUGCUACUGCUCAUAUUUUUGAGCUAUGUUCCCAGGGUUAGCUUGUUAAACCUCUAUGUCUGAGAUUUUCAAAAAGUUGGUUUGCUACAGGAGGGGCUGGGACUUGAUGUAGUUUAUUACAUUUCCUCCACCAUGUGAGAAGCAGUCAGCUUCAUAUUUGUUACUAUUUGCAAAUUUUUUAUGGUAAACCAAGCACUCCUAACUAAUUAGAUAUACAAAAAAGUGCAACUACUUGUCCAUUGUAAAUAUGUUAAUGCUCUGUAGCCUUAUUCUAUUCUUGAAAAAUAAACACUGAAUUGUGCAGAGCUAUAGCUGGUCUGACAAAUGGGUGAUCUUUGAGAAUGUUGACAUGUUAUGAAACAAGAAAUGUGAGCACUGAACCAAUAUCUAAUGAUUGGGCUUUCCUUUGAAAUUCUUGUAUGUCCAGACCAAAGAAAUUCAAUGAAAAAGCAAGUAGAAGAUCAAAGAGACACUUUUCUUGCUUCAUCUACCCAAGAAAGGUUGCAGAGCCAGAAGGAAUUUGAUGCUGAUAAAAUUGUUUCUAAUGAUUGUUCGAGUGCAAACCAUGCUAAUGAAGGAGGCCUUGACGAUUCCAGCUUAGAUGGUGUUGAUAUGCCAAAAGGAAGGCCAAUGUCUCCUGGGACUUUGGCAUUGAUGUGCGAUGAACAAGAUACAAUCUUUAUGGCUGCUGCUUCCCCCAAUGGGUUGAUGGGCCAUGGCUACGACAGUUCUUCACAACUGCCUUGUGGACAAGGCAUGACAGAGGCUCAUGCAGAGCAAGAAAGAAUUGUUUUAACGAAGUUUCGAGAUUGCCUUAAUAGGCUCAUCACAUUCGGGGAAAUAAAAGAAACGAAGUGUUCAUCAUUAGCCAGAACUGAGCUGGGGAAUGAAAAAGGUCCACCCAGCACAGGUUUAGCAAAUACCAGAACUCGAACAGGGAGUCAACAGGGACCCUUUAGCAAUGGGGUUGUUAAAGUUCCAGCAACUGCCAAACCACCCCAGAUGGUUACUUCUAUAGUUGCCACCUCUAGCAGUGAUCUUAAAAAAAUUCCUAGCCUCCCACAAAAUGGAGAUAAAAAGCUGAAGUCUUGAAAAGAAAUGUAGACAUUUUAGCUCUGAAGACUGGCCCAAGGUACGCUACAGAACCUCUGCAAUACUACUACAAUGCUCAUUCUGACUUCAAUGCUGAUGCAGUCUCUAGGUAGUAUUUGGGCCUGGUUGUUGGAACUGACCAGGAUUGGAUUUAUUGCCCUCGUAAUUAAUAUAUUACAUAGUAGUGUUUCUGUUUCAACCAUAAUUCAAAUCCAGUGGUAUAAGUUGCUGAGCCUUACAAAUGCACAGGAUAUGGUUUCUAUGAUUACUUGCAGUUACCAUCAUAGAUUGUAUCUUUAGAUACUAGGGAUUUUCUUGUUCUAUUUACGUUGUUGAAAGCAAAGAGCAAAUUUAUAAUUUUUAAUGGAAUAUGAAAUUUCAAGUUUGAUCCUUGAA